AUGCAAGAUACAGAAUAUUUUGACGACUUAGCAGAAACUUUGACAUCUGACUUUUACAACCACUUGUUCUCAUAUUUCAUGACAUUAGAUAUUUCUAAGUUCAAUCCAAGACAAAUUCCACAUACCGAAGAAAGACAAACAUUGUUAGAAGCAAACAAGAGUGUAUAUGAACUGUUCAUAGAUGAAACUGACUUUGUGUCAUUAGAUGAAAGGUCAUUGUACGAUUCGUAUAAACAAUAUUGUCAAGAAUAUGGUUAUAUGGCAGCGUCUAAACGAACAUUCUUGGCAAAUGUCAAAAAUCUUUUAGAUGUUCAGAACGGCGUAUAUACAAAGAAAAAUUUUUAUGAGUAA